CCUCUGACCACCAUCAUCCUUGACGAAUCCCGGAAGCCACCCAUCCUUAGCAUCCAGUAUGGCGAGUUCGUCGUCCAGUAACACUGUGGCAAUGCCGCCGCCCAACGCGGACCUCGCCACCACCUGGGCCUAUCUCGAGGAGGGUGUCGACCAUAUCAUGACCAAGCUCCAGACUGGAGUCUCAUACUCCAAGUAUAUGAGCCUGUACACGGUCUCCUACAACUACUGCACAUCAUCUAAGAUGCACAACACGGGUGAUUCGACGUCUCUGGGGCAAAGGACGGGCGCGAACCUGAUGGGCUCCGAUUUGUACAAUAAUCUCAUUAGAUAUUUUGUAGCGCAUCUGAAGACGCUGCGAGAGGAGGCGGAGCCGCUGCAAGACGAAGCUCUCCUCCGAUACUACGCCAAGGAAUGGGAUCGUUACACGACAGGUGCAAACUACAUUAACCGACUCUUCACUUAUCUCAAUCGACACUGGGUGAAGCGGGAGCGGGACGAAGGUCGGAAAGGUGUCUACCCCGUGUAUACUCUUGCACUUGUGCAAUGGAAGACCAACUUCUUCUUGCAUGUUCAGAGCAAGCACCAGAAGCUAGCGGGCGCUGUUCUCCGCUUGAUCGAGCGACAACGCAAUGGCGAGACCAUUGAUCAAGGUUUGGUCAAGAAGGUCGUUGACUCGUUCGUCUCACUCGGUUUGGAUGAGAGCGACAUCAACAAAGUAUCGUACGAGGUCUACAAGGAGCACUUCGAAACGCCAUUCCUCGAGGCCACCGAAAAGUAUUACCGCAAGGAGUCGGAGCAGUUCCUCGCUGAGAACAGCGUACCUGACUACAUGAAGAAGGCCGAGGAGCGUCUUCGCGAAGAAGAGGACCGCGUAGAGCGAUACUUGAACACCAACACUCGCAAGGCUCUCGUUAGCAAGUGUGAGCAUGUCCUAAUCCGUGAGCAUGCCGAACGUCUGUGGGAGCACUUCCAGACCCUCCUCGACUAUGACAAGGACGAGGAUCUGCAGCGCAUGUAUGCCCUCCUUGCUCGCAUACCCGAGGGCUUGGAGCCACUCCGCAAGAAGUUCGAGGAGCACGUCAAGAAGGCCGGUCUCGCUGCGGUGGCGAAGCUCGUGGGCGAAGGGACCGAUGCCACCGAGCCCGAUCCCAAAGCAUACGUCGAUGCCUUGCUCGAGGUCCACCAGAAGAACUCCGAGACCGUUAGCCGCAGCUUCCGUGGCGAAGCCGGCUUCGUUGCCAGUCUGGAUAAGGCCUGCCGUGACUUCGUCAAUCGCAACGCCGCUACGGGCACGUCGACGACCAAAUCCCCAGAGCUGCUCGCCAAGCACGCCGAUGCUCUUCUCCGAAAGAGUAACAAGAUGGCCGAGGAAGAAGAUCUUGAGGGUGCGCUCAACAAAGUGAUGGUGCUGUUCAAGUACAUCGACGACAAGGACGUCUUCCAACAGUUCUACACGACCAAGCUGUCCAAGCGUCUUAUCCACGGUGUUUCUGCGUCCGACGAGGCCGAAGCCAGCAUGAUCUCGAAGCUGAAGGAGGCAUGUGGCUUCGAGUACACUAACAAACUGCAGCGCAUGUUCACAGAUAUGUCCUUAUCUAAGGAUCUCACCGAGCAGUUCAAGGAGCGCAUGCAGCAGAACCACGACGAUAUGGAUAUCAACUUCGGUAUCAUGGUCCUCGGUACGAACUUCUGGCCCCUCAAUCCACCUGCGCACGACUUCAUCAUUCCCUCUGACAUCCUUCCUGUGUACGACCGCUUCACGAAGUACUACCAACAAAAGCACUCCGGUCGCAAGCUGACAUGGCUAUGGAACUACUCCAAGAACGAGCUUCGUACGAGCUACCUCAACCAGAAAUACAUCUUCAUGACCAGCACGUACCAGAUGGCCGUUCUCGUCCAGUACAACCAGAACGACACUCUGUCUUUCGAGGAGCUCAAGGCUGCUACACAGAUCAGCGAGGAUCUAUUGAAGCAGGUCCUUCAAUCGCUCGUCAAGGCCAAGGUCCUCAUCGAGUCGGAUCAAUAUGACUUGAACCCUAACUUCAAGUCGAAGAAGAUCCGCAUCAACCUCAACGUUCCUCUGAAAGCAGAGCAGAAGACUGAGUCCAACGACGUCCUCAAGACUGUCGAUGAGGACCGUAAAUACGUCAUUCAGGCGACCAUCGUCCGGAUUAUGAAGGCGAGGAAGACAAUGAAGAAUCAGCAGCUGAUUCAGGAGGUCAUCUCGCAGAUCUCUCAGCGGUUCACACCGAAAAUCCCGGAUAUCAAGAAGGCCAUAGACCACCUUCUGGAGAAGGAGUACAUCGAGCGUGUGGAGGGUACCCGCGAUACUUUCGCCUAUGUCGCUUGAGGAUCUCGUUUGCUGUCAUUCCAUUCCAUGCUAUCGUUUGUACAUGUCGUUAUACAUCUUCUGGUAGAUAUGGACGUUGUAGCAAUAGUAUACUAUCCCUUCCUGUUCUCUUCUUGUGUGAAUGAGUGUUAUUUUGCGAUACCUUUUAUUACAUGCAUUCG